AUGAAGGUCUACAAUAUCAUCGCUGGCCUCGCCUUCGUCGGCUUCGCUGCCGCAGCCGGACCGGAUUGCCCCGAACACUCCGAUUGCAUGCAGAAGGAUUGCAUCAACUUCGACCUGAAUAAACAGGUCACGAACGUCGAUGAUAGAAGAACGUCAAGUGUUCUCUCGGCGGACUGCCCCAACAGGAAGAAGGGAGCAAAAGAAGGAGAAAGGGUGGCCACUACGCUCGAUCUCAGGAAGUGUAUUGUCAGCAAUGCCAAAGGCCUUUUUUGGCUAAAGAAGUCGAGUCACUCCCAUGCCCAAAUUCUGGCAGUCUUUUGA